GUGUUGUGAAUUUGUUGUUUGUCAAUUGACAAACAGGUUUUGGAGUCAAAUUAAAACAUUUCAGGAAGAAUAUGAUGUAAACUACUGUUUAUUAAAGCUGGAAGUCAUUACGAGGCAUUUUCUGCCCUGAUUUGGGCAGAAGAAUAAAUGAACCCCCUCGCAAGAAGAAAAUGUUCCCCAACUCUUCAAUUUUGGGGCGCCCACCUUUCCCACCCAAACGUGGGCAAGCUAACGGCUUCAGCAUGCAGCUCCCUGUACCAGUCAUGUUCUCCCAACAGCAGAUGAUUGAUUCACAGUUCAACAUGAGGAAUACUAACUUCCAUGGCUUUCCCAUUGCACGCUACCCUGCGACUCCCCCUAAUGACUGGAUGCCGGGACACAGCACGCCUCCACAUGGCCCCAGUGUUUCAGUGGUGACACAGGGCAGGAAGAGGAGGAGCGACGAGCACAGUCAGUAUGACCUGAAGCGGCAGCGCUUCAGCUCCCCGGCCCGCAGCGUGGGCGUGUCUGAGGCUGCAUCCUCCCCGUUGGGGGCCCACAGGGCACCGCCGCACCUGCGGAGCGGGGGCAGCAGCCCUGCCCUGUCGCCCCACACCCCGAAACCCACCGGCUGCGUGCCACCCCUCAGCGGGGAGCCCCAGAGGAGUGUCGCUGACAUGCCACUGCCACCUGCCAAGGACAAGCUAAGUCAGCAGAUUCUGGACCUGUUUCAAGCCUGCAAGCAACAGAGUGAUGAUCUGGAGAAAAAGGAAGUGUGCAGAGCACAGCUCCAAAGGGAAAUCCAGUGGCUCUUUCCAAAUUCACGAGUGUACUUGGCAGGAUCCUCCCUCAAUGGCUUUGGGAGCCGAAGCAGUGAUGCGGAUCUGUGCCUAGUUGUCCAAGAGGGACCACUGAACCAGAAAACAGAUGCUGUGUAUAUACUCAGUCUUGUACAGAAGUUGUUUUACAGGCUAUCUUACAUUGAAAGACCUCAGCUUAUCCGAGCAAAAGUGCCGAUACUGAAAUUCAGGGAUAAAGUCAGCGGAGUGGAGUUUGACUUGAAUGUAAACAACGUUGUUGGAAUACGAAACACAUUCCUUCUCCGAACCUAUGCAUACAUCGAAAGCAGAGUUCGACCCAUUAUUCUUGUCAUAAAGAAGUGGGCCAGACACCAUGGAAUCAAUGAUGCAAGCCGUGGGACUUUGAGCAGCUACUCACUGGUACUGAUGGUCUUGCACUACCUUCAGACCUUGCCUGAGCCUGUCAUUCCCUGCCUUCAGAAGGAAUACCCUGAAUGUUUCAACCCAUCCAUGGAUAUCCACCUUGUACCUGAAGGACCGAGAGACAUUCCUCCCUACACCUCCAGAAACCAGUCCACACUGGGAGACCUAUUCCUUGGCUUCCUGAAAUACUAUGCCACUAUUUUCAAUUGGGACAAAUUUGUGAUUUCAGUUCGAGAAGCUGCAGCCUUCCCCAGACCCAGCUCCAGAGAAUGGAGGGACAAGUUCAUUUGUGUGGAAGAGCCCUUUGACAGAACAAACACAGCCAGAGCAGUCCAUGAAAAGAUUAAAUUUGAUGCCAUAAAAGCUGAGUUCAUGAAGUCAUGGAACAUGCUUCAGCUGAAGAAGGACUUGAACUUCAUCCUACCAGUGAGGGCAACAAUACAGAAGAGAUAAUGGCUCCAUCAUAUCCUGGCUUUAAAGAACCUACAGUACCAGCUCACAAUGGACAUGAAUUGGUUCACAGUUCAGGGAUUUGGGUGGGGCUUAAGAAUAAACCGUUUCCCCAGUUAUGUGUCAAAAAGGCCCCACUAUAAUGUUUGUGUGUUCAGUAUGUCUAGGCCAUAAUUUAAAAAAGAUGGAUAUUAUUGCACUGAUUGUAGAGUUGUCACCUUAUCAGUUUCCUAAUUUAAGUAAACAUGGCAUUGCUACUGUUUCAGAUGAAGUCUUAGAUUCAGUGUCAAGACUGCUUUCUUUUUUAAUCAUCAUGCCUCUCUCUUGAUAUGUACCUCAAAGUCUUGCCCUGAUUGCUGAAGAAUUAUUGAAAGGUUAUUUAUAGUGUGGUCCUGGAGAUUUUUAGAGGUUUUUUUUUACUUUUCGGUUUUUUUUCCACAUCCUCUUGAGUGAAAAGUUAAAAAGCUGAUUCUGUGGUCACAGCUGUUUUUUUUUUUUGUUUUGUUUUUUUUGAAAGUUUAAGAGUUUGCAGAGGCAGUCUUCAGUGGUCAUUUGAUGAGCGUCUUUUAAAGAAAAUGGGAAAGCGUAAAAAUAUGUAUGAGACUGUUUGUUCCUGGAGACUCCAAUGGCCAUAAGAGGCUUGAGUGCAGCAUUGGGUAUUUUUUUUAUAAACCUUUACAGAGUAUUUAACCCCCGCCAAGGACAAAAGCUUUAACAGCAGGGGUUGGGAAGCAUUCACUCAACGUGAUUUGGGAACUGACAAUGUCAUAAUGCUGUAGAUACUCCUUUACUCCUUCAGCGGAGCCCUGUAAAGAGGGGUGUGGCUUCAGUAAAGGAAAUGUGUUGUCACUUUGUUGGAGAAAUUGUGUCCCGUCUCUUUCUUCUUAGCCACAAGGUCGUCUGAGGUCAUCAAGCCCAAACUUUCAGAGGUGAUUUAGAGGUCGCUGGAGGUGAUGAGAUGAUGCUGUUGCCAAUGGAGAACUGGUCUUUGUAAGAGUUACUGCUAUAUUUGUAAAACCUGAGUAUGCCCUUCAGUCUCAUAGGUUGACACAUGGGUCAGAAUUCUGCAGUCCUUAUCUAUCCGGGCUGCUUGUGUCUUACAUAUUGGCAGGUUUGUCUUUUAAUGUCAGCAUGUGGUUGUGUGAGUUUAUAUGUUUGUUUUGUUCCUUUGUAUGUUCU